CAGCCGAGCUGACUCGGUGGUCGCCCUGAUUUGACGUCUCUCGUAAGUACAUUCGUUCGUACUCCUACAUCUUCUGGUCGAUGGAAGCAGGGAUCAGAGCCAAGACCACAUCAGAUCCCAGAAUCGCUCGGCCCGGGCAAACCAGAUACACCAGCCCAGACGAGUGAGUCCCCGGGGACCAUCUCACGCCAUCGAUCCGCUGGCCCUCGCGUCCACUUGGAACGUAAACGCCGUGUGUCUCACAUCGCCACGCGGGUGGGAGCGCAUUCCGCAUGAGCCAUUGGCCCGCGGAGCCGACUGAGGCCAUGGACACGUCCUCGCCCCCGCCCCCGCCCCUGCCCUUACCUCCGGGCGGAACCGGCGCCAUGACAGGCGGAGGAUGUGCCUCGCCUACGCCCGCCUCCAUCCAAGAGAAGAUGACGCGCGAGUUCCAAACGUGGCGGGAUUCGCAUCCACCCCCGCCCCCCAAUCCGGAAGAGCACCCUCCAGCCCGGCCCAUUCAACUCAAACUCAAACAAUGUAACGUGGACCACGAUGACGGCAAAACGUCUUUAGUGUUCGACUUGGACGGAAAACAAGCGUUUACCCUCCAUUGCCCAUAUCAGUAUCCGGAUUACGAGAGCGAGGACAACUUCUUCGUGGAAGCCGAUAGUGGGCUCCAGCUAUGGUGUAAUGCUCUCAACGAGUACUUACUGGACUCGGAUAGUCGCUUAUCGUUGGCCGUGAUCCUUCAGAAAGGUUUAUCUCUGUACUCCUCGGCGGAUCGACCGUCGGGAUCCAUGUCCAAAUCCAUGGCAUCGACCUCGUCCUCGUCGUGGUCGCGUUCCUUAGGUGCGCGACCCCGCACGUUCUCAUCGCGGCGCACUAGCCAACCUGAAAUCAAUUCUGAUGAGGAAGACGACGACGAUGAGGAUGAGUUCGACGAGGAUCUGGAGGAAGAAAUGUACGAAGAGGAUGGCGGAGUGGGUGACGACGAUCAACUUGAAGACAUCCUGGACAACGAUCUCUCUUGGGAGCUCGAAAUAUCACGUCGGAAGAAACGCUGGCGUCAACGAGAGAUUGAGCUUCGGGCUGAAAUGGGCCGAUUGUCAGACGGUGGGGGUUUGGGGAACGACGACAAGACCCUUCAACAGAUUUUUCACGACCCCUCCACCAAAACCCGACAGCCCAAGCAGGUGUUCUCUUCGACCGCCGCCUCAGGGAUAUUGACCAAUGAUCUGGUGUCCAUCAUGGAAUCGGCCAAGACCACGGGCAUCGACGCCGAUACGAUCAACGAUAACAUCUUCCAAUGGAACGUGAAGAUACGAGAUUUUUCUUCCAAUUGCGUUUUGGACAAAGACUUCCAGACUCUGAAGGCCAAGUUCAAUUACGACUACAUCGAACUCCAGUUGGACUUUUCCAUGGACUUGUACCCGUUCUUCCCUCCAUUGGUGAAGGUGAUUCGACCACGACUGCAAGGCUCUAUGAUGCUUCGCGUGACCACCAUGGAGAUACUCAAACUCACUUACUGGAACCCGGCCAAGGACAUGAAGGCCUUACUCAUGGAUAUUAAGUCGUUCUUACAAACGUGGGCCCGACUCGAUUUGAGUUCGGAUCGAAAUGACCGCAAUCGCUACCCGGAUGGAGCCUACAUCGACAUUGAGCAUCACCUUCUUCGUCUCGCAUUGGUCAGUGAGAUCGUGCCCAGAGCCAACAAGAAGUAUGCCGUAGUCACGCCCACCCAUAAAGCCUCGUUGCUCCCGGCCUCCGCCCUGGAAACGGUCAAAGAGGUCAAAAAGAAAAGCUCAAAGAAGCCCAAUCACCAUUCCGAAGAGGGCCCUUCCACGUCUGGGUUGGGAGCCGAGGUCUUGGGGGCCAUGGGAGCAUCAGGUGGCGGGGCCCUGGACCUCAAAAUGGAUGAGAGCGAAUCUAAACCCGUUGUCGGAGAUAAGAAGCUCAAGAAGCUGCAAAUGUUCCUCCAGAGGGAUCGUCAGAGUAAAGAUGAGAAGAAAAAGGCCAGUGAGAAGGUCAAGCUUAUGGCCAAAGGUGUGGGUUAUUCGCGCUACCAACAGAAAGGCUGGGACGUCAAGGCAUACAUGGCCGCUCAGAGAGAAAAGGAUAAGCAAAUCGAAUUGGUCUUGGGCAAGAUCCAUCAGGAACUCAAGAAACUCCAUGGAUCUUACCCUGCCUCCAAUGGAGGCGUUCAUCGGAAUUUCUCUGAGCUCUUGGAGGGUGCUACGGCUGGCAUUGUGUCAUCGUCCUCAUCCUCAGACAACGUUUCCAACAGCACGUCCAGUGAGGCCGAGGGCCGCUCCAGUAAUGGCCCCACGAUCGACCGUGAGGGCUCUAGGCGGAAACGGAAACAUUCGCCAGACGAUGUGAACGAUCCCACUGCUGCGGGCGGUGUGUCCACGUCUUCGGCGAAUAACGGGGCCAGCUCUCCGAUUGAUUCGAUCGACUCCCAACCAGAGCCUUCCGAUUUCGUCGAGAGCGACGAACACGAAAAGGACGAGGAGGCUAGGAGUAGUAGAAAGUCGAGUAGUCACGAGACUCCGAUUGACCCUCUAAGUGACUUGUACGCAGUUCUGGAAGGAUCGGCGCUGAUUCCAUUCCUGGAGAUGAAACUGCAAGCCAAUUCGUUCCUCGAGAUCUGCUCACAUGCCACCGUCUACAAAUGUGUGGUCAGCAUCAUCAGAGAGAUGGUCAGUCAAACGUACUUGGUGCCAUUAUUAGGGCCUCUCCCCGACCAGCAAUUUUCAAUUAGUACGUUGCUGGAGUGUCUCUCAAGCCAGGCCAAGAUCCUCUUGGACAAGAUCGGGAAGGCCUCGGCCAAUGGAAGCGUCCCCAAAUCGGGCAAGGCGGCCGAAAAAUUGUCAGACAAAACCACGGACGACCGAUUGGCUAAAGACUUCCUACUCCUCUCGAAGGAAGUGGAUCAUGCCUUGGCUUCCGUCGCCGCGGAAUCUAGCGUCAAUGGAGAGAGCUCGAGUUUGGCUGAAGCGUUGGCCAACAAUCACUCCUCCAGCAAUUCAAGUAGCGGCUCAAAUCAUGGCCGAGCUCACGUGGGCUCAUCCGGAUCUUCCGCCGGUGGCAAUAAUACCGAUGCGUGUAAUGCCGCCUCUAGUAGCACAAAUGCCUCGCAGUAUCCUCUCCCGGGCACUUCGGACGUGGAUGUCAAGCGAAAGUCCAGGAAAGAUAAAGCUGCGGAUCUUUACAAGGCUCAUAUGAAGACUUUACAACUGGAUUCCUACGACUUCGCCACCUCAGGCUCGCAGGUUCACGCGCACAUGACGCAAUUUCAGCGCGCCGGCACGCCCAAUUCUCAGAUCAUUUUUCGAGUGGCCCAGGAAAUCUCCUCAUUCUCUACCUCACUUCCGUUGGACUUUUCAUCAGCCAUUUUUGUCAGAGCGGACGACGAAAAGACGCCCUUGAUCAAGGCCAUCAUCACCGGGCCGGAAGACACGCCCUACACCGGCGGGUGCUACCUCUUCGACAUCUAUUUCCCGCUGAAAUAUCCCCAAGUCCCCCCUCAAGUGACGUUCCGCACCACGGGCAAUGGGACAGUUCGUUUCAACCCCAACCUGUACAACUGCGGGCGAGUGUGCCUGUCGCUCUUGGGCACGUGGGAAGGCGCCCAAGGCGAACAAUGGAACGAAACGUCCACCAUUCUUCAGGUCCUCAUAUCCAUCCAAAGCUUGAUUUUGUGUUCGGAGCCCUACUACAAUGAGCCCGGAUAUGAGCGACUCUAUGGCACGCCCCAAGGCAAUGCCGAGUCACUCAAGUACUCCGAAGAGGUGUUCAGAAACAAUCUGAAGUUCGCCAUCCUAGCUCAAGUGCAGAAUCCGCCCGAAGGUUUUGAGGAGGUGAUCAAAGCCCACUUCUUCUUGAAGCGACACAUCCUGCUGAAGGAAUUGGAAAGCAUGCUGGACAAGUAUAAGGGCAAAGAUGUGAAGAAGUACUUCCUGGACGUGAAACGUGAGCUUAUGAAGCUUGAACAGCCGCCCAACCUCAAGAAAUCAUUUCUGACGGCGAAUCAAUGUGAACCGCAUCGCAUCAGUCAGACCAGUCAGUCCAUUGAUGGUUGACUCUCUGACCCCUACCCCCAGUAGCCCCCCCCCCUUUUCUCGCCCAUGUACCUGAUUUCAAACUGAUCGCAUUCCCAGAUUGAAGGAGGAAAUCCCCUUCGAUUGGUGAUGGCGUCAAGUAACCCUUUGCGUGGCAUUUAACCCCAUCAACGUGUUUUGUCAGUCGCCUUGCUUUAGUAAUCAGUUUAUCUUGCCUGUGUUGAAUUGGUUGCCCCCGGAACACCGCCCCCUUCCCUCUAGCCUCAUCUCUCUCUUCACGUGCAUGUGGCCCGUGAAGUCCAUUUGAAUGUCAUGAUGUUUCGGUCCAUGUAUUAUCAUCCACAAUCCCAAACCCAA